GGAGCACACGGGACGAAUCCAUUCAAGGUACAACUUCCGACGUGUGCUACCGAUACUGCUGCUAAAUAUAGCGAUAUGUUUGAUAAAAAAUGAUUUUCAAAUAAUUUACCAAAUUUUCAAGUGGGCUUUGGUGCUCGUUGCCGUGUGCGUUGUUGACACGUUCACCCCCCCCCCCCCCCCCCGCAGCUACCGGAAGUGGUGCGGUCCGAUAGUAUUGAAGGCAAAACUGGGAAGCUGUUUUGUUUUUAGCGAGAAAAAGAAGACUGCUGGUGCUGCGACACGGGGGAUUUUUUAAUCAUUUUAAGCGAGGUCGUGGUUGUUGGAAAUCGGAUCGCUUCGACAGAACAGUUUCGUAGCUCGCCAUGGCUCUGUGCGGUGGCGUCGGAGCCAUGGCUUUACCAAGCGAGCUAAUCGUCCAUAUAUUCUCCUUUUUGUCCGACCGAGACAAGCUUCGGGCCUCGGCCGUUUGUUCGCGAUGGCGGGAAUGUCUCUUCUAUCCAGCCUUGUGGACGGAACUCAAACUACGAAUAGGUGGCUCAGGCUCUGAGGAGACCCUGAGGUUGGAGUUCCUCAUGCGAAAGUUCGGCGCUUUCGUGCGGGAGCUGCGGCUGGAGCUCGCCCCCACGGAAGUCAGCCUCGGUUCCCUCAACAACGAGCCACCGUCCACCACCGCGGAGCUACCUGGCGGUCCUGACAACGACCAGCAGCUCUCCAAGCGAUGGCAAGACGCCAUGACUGCCUACUUGGACCAGGUGUUGUGUGUCUUCACCAGCAUCAGCAACAACAGGAACCUUCAGAGGUUGAGUCUAUAUGGUGACACCUGUGCUCUCCAACAGGAGGGACUCCUGGACAGCUCCAAACUGCAUCAGAUUCACCAGGGCCACAACAAAAUCAAUGAGAUCCAGCGGUUGUUCAGAGAGUUGUUGUCCAACAGCAGGCAGCUGAGGUGGUUGUCCUGUAGCUUCAUGCUUGGUCUGGUGACUCCCACCUCUUUAGCGCACCUGUCCAAUCUUUCCUCUGAGACCUUGCAGCACCUCAGUUUACUAGACCACCAGCUUGGUCCGCUUAUUUCACCAUCAGAGUUGGAUCGUCUUUCAUCUCUUCAUUCUCUGGCUAUUGAUUUCGCUGAUCUGACAUCUGAACUUUGUGGCGUACUGGCAUCGCCACAUCGCACUCCGCUGCAUCGUCUCUCCCUACUGCUCAAUGGUGCCACUCUGGAGUUCAAAUCAUUAGAAGGAACUGCCACAGAAGACGAUUGGAAGGCACUGGUACGAGUGAGUACCAACUUGCGAGUGUACAUCAUGGCCAUGGAAGUCAACAGUUUGGAGCUCCUCAGGGUUCUAAAGCCAAGCCUUCCACUGGAGCGCAUCCACCUGGACAGUUACAACACACUGGUGACCGAUGCCACCCUGGAGCUCAUUGCCCAGCAAUACAACAAGACACUGACGCACUUCCUUUUACUGAGGGAUGACCCAGAAUUUCCAGACCUCAGUGUGAAUCGCAAUGAAGAUCCAUUGGUCCUCUUAGCUUGGAGAUGCACUCAGCUGGCGGUGCUGGUGAUACACGGCUACACUGUGUGGUCUCACAACUUGGUGGCGAUCUCCCGACUGCGUGGCUCGAGCCUCCGCGUCCUGACCGUAUCUGAGGAGAGCAUCGACUUUGACCCCGACCAGCCGGUGUAUUUGGAAGGUGACCCGGUUCAUAACCUGGUAAAAGAGGUCUCACAGGGCCUGGGCCGUGUAUGGCACCCUUGCUUGGAUUACAGCCUGGUUUUGACUGAACCCACCCAGCACUUCCAUCACGAGUUGCAAGCCUUCAGCAUGGGCAUGUAAACAAAGAGUCUAAUUAAGAGUGUGGCCCCAACAUUUGUUAAGACCAGUUCAGACCAACCACCGUCCCCCAAACCUCACAUAUCUCAAGUAGAUUUUCACUAUAACAAAUGACAUAAUUUGUUGUUAUUUUAUCUUUUCGAUCUCCAUGUACAGUUUUAGCACACAAACCAUUUCCAAAAGGUGUCUAGUUUUCCUGAUUAGUUCUAUAAUCUUCAGAAUCUUGGAAAACUUGUAGUUGCCGCAAUAGUUAAAUGUGUUCCCUGUAAUUCAUGGACCAGUCUGGUCUGGUCUUGCACAAAGAAUCUCAAGAGCCAUUGUAUGAUGUAUCUUUUAUUUUCAUUUUUUGGUUCUCUUUUUUUUAAUACCCCCCCCCCACCCAGUUUAGUGUGUACUCGUAUAUUCCUUUAUGGUAUUUCCUUCACCUGUACCAGCUUUGUGCGUAUUUAAAUAUUAGAACACAACAGGACAGGCAGGCUGGUUGAGUAUGAUUUAGUAGAAUAUUAAGCUCUGUGUGUGUGUGUGCGCUCAGACACAAGCUUAGGUUUGAAGGUUUUACCCCUUUUUUUUUUUUUUUUAAUUUUUUUUUUUUUUUUUUUUUUUUACCAUGGCUUUGUGUCUGUUCCAUUUGCUCCAGAAAAAGUUGUGCGGAUCAAUCACUUCCUGGGAAACAACCUUAACUGGUGCUUUGAAGGAGCACCUUGUGCACAUGUCUACUACUUGGAAGAAUCUUGGCAGCCAGCGUGCACAUUAGAAAUGUAACAUUGCUCAGUUUGAAGGGCAAACGUCAUGCCUCCUGAUUCUUGGCCAUCCUUUGCAGCUGGAAAAGGUUGCUUUUCACGGUCAAAACGUCUUAUCGGGGAGGUGUCGCACCUUAAUAGUGGAGUUCUGCAGAUUGUUGGUAGAGGUUUGCGUCCAGCACACUUUUCACCUUGUCAACUAAAUAAGCUGUCCCCUAUCUUCCAGUGGUCUUCUGUAGCCCAUACACCCUUUUCCAUGAGUUGUGUCCCCCUUAAGUUGACACUUUUAAUAGUUCUUUGUACGUUUUUGUUGCACUUCAAUGCCAGCGUACUAAGGAAGGAAACAAUAUACGUUUGUACCAUUAAGGUGCAGCUUGGGUGGCUGUGAACCUGAAGUUGUGAUUCGGAACAAGGAAAGAAAAGCGAUGCACUGAAUGUACCAUGGCAACUUUUUAUGUUCAAUUCCCACAAAACUUUGGCCUUGUUAGUUGAGAUGGAAUGUUUUUUAGGUAGAGAAAAAGGCACCUAUUUUUUGAGUGGUCUGAUGACCAUGGUGACACGUUUUCGUUCCGUCUCAGGUGAGCUGUUACGUCCCUUUUUGAUCGGGACACUGAUGGAUAUCGGUGUGUGUGGAAAAACAAGCCCUUCUUUUGCUAUUGCUAUUUUUUGGGGUCACAGUUGCCUUGAAAAAUAUUUUUGUCCUCUGGAAAUGGUUAUCAAUUGGAUGUUUUGCCAUGUGGUAAACAUUCUGCUUUGAUGAAGGCUCAUUGAACCUAAUGUUACAUUUGUUUUUGAAGAAUUAGGUCGAUUGAAGUGGAUGGGUCGCGAUGGAGGGUCCGUCAAUAAAAUUGCAUGCUGUAACUUGGUGAUAUCUGAAGUGAAUGUAGUGGAUUUCAGGGUAUUGUGUGUUGUACGCAUUGUCUGGAUUCUUGCCUCUUCCUCAGCCAUAGAGGCAUGACAAGCUGUAAUUGGAGUCCUGUGAAGAAGCCAGGCAUUGUAGACCGCAUAUCGUUCGAAGGUUUUGUACCGGUAAUAGCAAAGGUGUAUUUUUUUUGUUGUUGUUUUUUUAACACAAGUUAGAGCAACGUUUCCCUCCUAAAUGGCCUCAUCUUACGUAUUGGUGUACCUGAAGGUCUAUAUCAAGGUAUGUUUACGUGGUAAGCUUUCAAGGUCCAUGUCCAAUUGGUUUUGCUGAUGCGCCUUUUGGCUGCCAAUAGUUUGCUGCAUGAGACAAUGAUGGUUGAGCCAUAAGAAACUCUUGGCCUCGGUCCAUAACUCAGGAUUGUUGCACUUUUGGAGCCAAGAGGUUUUUAAGGAUGUCUAUGGCUUCUACAUGUAUACACUCGAAGAUGGGACAGCACAACCAGCAAAAGCGCAUAUUCCGACUAAAAUCACACAUUUUAGAUUAUAUGUCAAUUUAUUUUUCCUUUUAUUUUGCAUUUUAGCUUGUGUAAUGUUUGUACAGUGACAAGACAUGUGCAAUUAAAGCAAUAUAUAUUACAGAAUAUAAAUAUUUUCAUUUGAAACAAAAAAAAACAACCACUUUAUUCUUGCUAAGAUUGGAACCAAUACAAAUUACAGUCCUCAACUAGUUGUUUUUUUUCACCGGAAGGUGCUUUGACCACAUGUGACAAGCUAUUUGUCUGUUAGAAAAUAUAAACGAUUUAAGAAAAAACAUAUUGCAAUACAUUGGAACCUCGAUUUAGGGUCUUAAUUGGGUCCUGGACAGGGUUCGAACACAGAAAAGGUUCUAUGUUGAAACUUAAUUUCUCCGUAACAAACAAUGUAAACAUGGGUUUCAGUUGUGACAAAAGUCCAUAUUUUAGUAAUAGUUUGUACACUUUGAAGACAAUACAAAGUGCUACAACUCUACUGUUAUAAAAAUGGAUGAGGCAGUGUCUACAAUAAUGUGGAUACUUCCUGAAUGUUUCAAACCAUAUGUUGCUUGCCUCUUGCUUUCUUAUCAUUUUGAGUUAGCAAAACAAGAAAAGGGCUUAAAAAGCACACAAAGUAGCAAUUACAACAGUAGCUGACAACAACACAGCUAUGCUGACGGAGAUUGCUUAGCCCGCUUACAAUGGAUGUGCUGCCGUACACAAAAUUGCUACGCUGCUGGACACACAAUGAAACUUUUGUACAACAAAGCAUUUUUUCAUUCAAUUUUGGUUUCGCAAAUCGUAAAAUAUGUACAAUGAGGGGUUCGUAAAUCAAGGUUCCAUUAUAUAACAGGUGUAUGUACAUCUCGUUUAGAAGUAGCGUUAACAGCUUCAGACCAUAUCCUCGCGUUUGUUUCCAAACUAUUGUCGUGUCAGGCAGAAAUUACGACAUCUUUUCGACUAGGUGUGUAGCAGCACAGCUAGUAGACGCAGGGAUUAGAAUUAUCGCUUGUAAUGCAGCAAGAUGAGAAGUCUUUAGUUCUCAGGGUACAGUCAAGGUAGAGGAGGAGGAAGGGAAACAAUAGUGACAACUAGUCACCUGCUCUCCUCUUCCUUUCCUUCAAUGCUGCCAAAGACCACAAUGGAGCAAGUGUCAACUCAAUCUGAAGUCAUUCUGAAGUGCCCGUUUGUCUUUAAUACACUGGCGGCUGUAGCUGAUCCAGUUGUUUUGUUUCUUCUACGCUUCACAUUCUGGUCAUUCUGCCUUGUCUUUUUGGCGUUUAAGCUGCUCGUAAAUCUACUCCCUUUGCUGGACCUUGUGUUGGAAAGGACGCUAACCAAAGCAGAUGCACUGCAUGUUUAAAAACAAAGUAAAUAAUGUAUGUUUAUAACUGGCCAUUUUAAUACAGUAUGUGUUGACUUGAAAACAGUUGGCAGCAUUGUUGCACAACCUGACCAGACUUGCAGCACUGUUGUGAAGUUUCAUAGUAUCCAUAUUACAACAUAUUUCCACCAUGUUGUGUUUUUCUUUCUUUCUUGGUAGCCUCUUUCGCUGUGAAUGUAACAGUGAGGAGAGGAUAAGGAACUGAAACACUUCUUCCAACUUGUAGCAUCUCAGUGUGGAAGAACCUGUGACUGGAUGGGCAGUAUGAGAUUAAAUGGGAACUAUUCUAAGCAUGCCGCUGGAGACUUUCCUCCACCUGACUGGUACUGGAUGUUUUCCGAGCCUGAAGGCCGGCGUGCCUGAUUUGAUAAGCCUGUGGGUCAAAUAAGUGUUCAUAGUACUCAACUGCUAGCAGGACCAGGACAUUCCAUCAUGGGGACUCUCAGGCUGUCAGACUGACAUAACAUCUAACCACAUGGUUAAAUAAAAAAAUAUUUAUAUAUAUAUAUAUAUAUAUAAAUAUAUACACAUAUAUAUUUUUACUUUGAAUCGAUUUUCCAAGAUGGGGCUUGUUCUGACUCUUCACACCAGCUGGACUGACCAGAGUGUCUGUGUGAUUCUUUUGAUGUGUGUUUUAUGCAAAGAUUUGUGGGCCUUUUGUGUAUGUUUGAGAAAAGCAACCUACUCGAACUGAGCUGAAGAUGCCCACUUCAUAUUUAGUGCAAUUGUUGGUUUCUCAUUAUUGUACUUACAGGGGUUUAUUUACAUGUGUGUAAGGAGGCGUUGGUUCAGCUGUCAGGUUGUGUGUUAUUUAGGUUGCCAUUAGCAGCGAUGUAUGUCGGUUAAUGAACCCAACCUACGCUUGAGUUUGUUUGUUUGUUUGCGUUUGGUUCUUCCGUGCUUUAAGGAAACCAUAACAAGGCCUGACUGGUAACAGAGCUGGGCUCUAAUGGCUUCCGUCUAAGACCGUUGCCAAUCUGUCUUUGUCACCAGGGCCGGCUCUAGGCUUUUUGUGGCCCCAUUUCCGUCUUUGAUAUUACUUGUGUAACAUGCUAUAGGGACUAUAGGGCUAACUGCAGCCUCGUGAGUAUUGUAAUGCGGUUAUGUUUAGAGAGCUUUCUUAAUGUUAUAACCUUUAUUUAGAAAAGCAUAAAAAAAAUGUUGAACUCUAGCUAAGAAAACAUUCAAUUUAUAAUUCCUUAUUCGCAGAAAUGUAUUUACCACAACCAAUAGUGAUAAACGAGAGUUUACUGUAUUACUUUUGGCGACCAGAAGUCGAAAAUGUGUGACUAAUAUUUUACAAGUUAUGUAAAGAUCUGUAUUUACUAUAAAUAUUUAGGCUGUGAGGAGAUGUCGACUUGUCCAGGGUGUACCCCGACUUCCACCAGAUUGUGGAUGAGAUAGGCUCCAGCGACCCCAAAGGGAAUAAGCGGUAUAAAAUGGAUGGAUGGAUAGAUAAAUAUUUAGGUAUGAAGAAUAAACAAGAAUGCAGCUGAAAUAGCCUCCAGCACCCCCCGCGAUCCCGAAAGGGACAAAGCGGUAGGAAAUGGAUGGAUGGAUGAAUAAACAAAAAGACUUAGUUUAGUAAUAUGUUCAAUAGUGAUGUUUUUUUAUUUCAGAUAAUGUCCUAGACUUAUAUAAAAAGGUAACAAAAAUAGAUUGAUGGAUCAAAGGGGAAAAAAGUGCUAUAUAUCUCCUACUGCAGUGAAGCCAAUUUAAAACUGCUGUGGCACUUUGGCAUUAUUUGAAAAGGUAAACAAAACCUAAUAAAUAGGCAAAAACUAUUUUUAAAAAACAGAACAUCAUUAGACGUUAUAUCUUUAGAGAAAAGGUCCGGCUACAAAAUUAACUUGAAUACUACGUACAUUUUAGAAAUAUGGAUGUAAAUCUUGUCACGAUGACGGCCUUCGAAGCGAUGCUAUACUAGCUCUUAACCGAACUAAAACUACCACAAAGGACAUGUUGAGUCACCGCUGAAUAAAAGUUUAGCAUUAACAAAGUAAAAUUUUAUCCAUUGAAGUGUGUGGCCCUAAACAACCACACAGAGUGUUUAUGCCAUGAGCUGGCCCUGUCUGUCACAGAACUAAAGAGGGAAAAAAUCUGGGCUUAGUUUUGAGUUUGAGUGAAUGUGUGUGUUCAAACACCAGUUAGCUAAAGCCGCUAACAUGGGGAGGGAUCCGUAUUAAGCGUAUUCAUUUUGUACCAAAGCAGCAGACUGCAUCAGUCCAAACAGACUGGCUUCACUUCCACUUUUAAUGCCAGUUCCAAAGUCUUCUGGUUUUGGUUGUUUUUUGUUACUUCCCCUUUUGUCACUUUGACUGUAGACUUGACUGAGCUCACAUAGGUAUGAACAUGCUGUUUUUGUUUUCUGUCACUGGGGAAAAAAACACUGGAUGUGCAUCACACUGGUUGUAGACGUACAAGACACACUAAAGAGCCUUAGAGAACUUCUGGAUGCACAGGUUCUCAGACAAGGAAACACGCCUGGUUAUUAUACGUUGUUGUAUGACAGUUUAUGUGGUUUGUGGUGAUACACUUGGAAAACGAGUAGGGUACCAAAUAGAACGGCCAGACCGAAGUGUUUUGGUGACAUUAUUGGAGGUCUUAAACUCUAUCUCAGUUACGGUUUGUGGCCACUGCUUCUAUUUAAACAGGCAGGCAUCACAACUAUGCAAGAGGAAUGCAUCUAAUCCACACUCUUCGACAAGUCUUCUGAUGUGUGUGUUCCUCGCGGUCACAUGCUAGAAGCAGAAGAAAGAAGGACCCGCAAUGACAAUACACUUGGCCUUAUAAUGAUUUGUGAAAUUGUUUCCUUUUUCCUUCUUUUUUAUUUUAUUUUUUUUAAGAUUUUGGUCAGUCAACCCAGCGACAAGCAGCGGUGAUGGCGGGCUCACUCUUGGUCUCUAUGAGACCGGCUCGAUGGCCCCCGGUUUUAUCGUGGUACGAAUGUUGUGCAUUUGUUUAAAAAUCAGGACAAUUUGCAAUAACAGCAGUCUUUACUAGCAGUGCUGACCGCGCCCGGCUGCGUCUCCAGAAAAACCAUAGAAGAAGAGAUGUAUAAUCUUUAUGAUUAUAGCUAUACUAAACUGUCAUAGUGCAUAUUUGUAGACGUCUCAAAAAUUCAUUACUGUGGUAUACACGUAAAUACUUGUCUAGGUUCCAUGUGUGAACAUGAAUUAUGUACAUCAGUAAACUGUUUGUGUGCGCAGUUUUACCUUUACUGUUCAAUUCUGAUAGUCGUGUUAUGGUGUGACUGUGUUUAUUACAGUGUGCACAUAGCAGUAGCUUUUACUUUCUUUGGGUUCUCCAUAUGUACUGAAGCACAGUGUGACAAAACUAUUUUUCAAAUGUAGAUGAAGAACUGGUUUAAAUCAUACUUACCAGGAAAAAAGGAGAUUUCUUCUAGAUAUUCUUACUAAUAUUUCUGUAUAAAGCAACUUUUUGGUGAAUGCAGCGGAAAUAAUUGUGAUUCAAAUUCUUCAUGGGCCACCCUUUUUAGGGUUUAGUCUGCAAGUAUUCCUAAUGUGUUUAGUUUUCCAGCUGAAAGGUCCAAUAUUCUCAUUGAGAACAGUAUUGAUCCACGGCUGUUGUGGCAAAAAUUUAAAAAAAGGAGGGUUCAAAGUCAGACUCUUAAAACAUCUCAACAAACAUGAGCUGGGAAAGCAGCAUAAUGUUUUGAUUAUUGUGUUGAAUGAAUGCUACUUAUUUUGGUCAGUGAAUAAAAGCAUCUGAAAUGUU